ACGAUAAUGAAUUGGGACAAGUGGUGAAAUUCAAUCUCUCAUAUUGGGGAGUGACGCAACACAAUGAUAAAAAGCGAGCUUGGUGGCCUUGCCGGCUCCUCCUCGAGAUCGCACUAGAGUGUGCAGUCGUCGCGAUCGAGAAUCUAAAAUAGCAGCACCGAAUCGAAAACAAAGCGCAGGAGAUCGUGUCGCAAAAAAUGGCAUCGCUUCCAAAGGAAAUGCUGGAGGUGCUGCAAACGGUGUUGCAGAAGCAAAACUUGACGUUGGAGAAGCACAGCCUUGCCGCCGGCUGCAAGCCGGGCGACAACUUCAUUGGAGAAAUAUUGAAAGUAACCGCACUCGGCCGAGACGAAAAUGGUGCUCAACGCGAACACAGGUUCGUCUUCAAACGUCCGCCGGCCGACAAGGAUUAUUGCGAAAGCCUGCAGGUGUUCAAGCUGGUCAAAAACGAAGAAGCCUUUUACACCAAGGUCGUGCCCGCGUUGAACCAAUUUUUACAAAAAAAUGGAAAAUUGGAAAAGCUGCCGGUGCCGGACGUGUUCUUCUCGUGCUCGGACGGAGUUUCGGACGUGCUGGUCAUGGAGGACCUCAGUCUGCAAGGGUACAAGAUGGCCAACAAGGCGGAGGGUUUCACGCCGCAAGAGGUUUUUUUGGUCCUCGAGAAAAUGGGCCAGCUGCACGGAGUGGCCCUCGCGAUGCAGGAGCUCGAGCCGCAGCACUUUUUCAAAGUUCGAAACUUUAUUAAAGAAGUUUACUUCUUCGAAGAAGGUCGGACUCAGUUCAGCACGAUCCACUUUCCCUGCGAUGCGGGCGUCAAGAUGCUGGAGGAUCGAUUCCCGCACAGACACGAUUACGUGGAGAAAUUGAAAAAGGUCACCGACGACUUUUUCAGCAAUUUGGUCCAAAUGGUGUCGACGCCCACGCCGUUGCGCGUCAUCAACCACGGCGACUGCUGGGUCAACAACAUUUUGAUUAAAUACGAGGACGGCGCACCAGUGGACCUGCGAUUUUUAGACUUUCAAAUCGCGAGGUUCGCGUCCCUGGCGCACGAUUUGAGCUAUUUGUUGUACUGCAGUUGCCAGAAAGACACGCUCGAUGAACAUUGGGACGAUUUUAUCGCGGCCUACGUGAGUGCGGUGAACGACGCGAUUCACGCGGUCGGAGGCCGAAAAUCGAGCGUAACCAAACACCAAGUGGAACAGGAAAUGAAGAAGUUUGCCAAAUCGGGAAUUAUGCACGCACUGAUGGCGGUGCCUUUCUUCGUGGCGGCCACGGAGGAGCAGCCCAAGCUGGAAGGAGGACUAGAAAUUUUUGACAAUUUCCAUCAGAACACGUACAAAAAUCUCAAGACCAGGGACAGAUUGACGGACAUGAUCGUGCACGCAAUUGAAAAAGGAUAUUUGUGAUGCCAAAAAAUUGAAUAAAAAUUUUGAAAAAUUUGAA